CCCGCAUCUCCUGCACACCUCCGACUCCGCGCAGGAGGAGGGCCCCAAGCUACUUUCUCCACCACUCCUACUGUUCCCUGCAAACCAAGGGGAAGCUGCUGAGAGUCCCUAUCACUGCUGGCCUUCUUUUUAUGUUGUACGCAAGGAGAAAGAGGGCGAGGGACAACUUGGUGCUGGGCAACUGACCUCCGAUCCGGCGGGCCUCUGGGGAGGGAGGGCACAAGAGGAGCGUCUGGGGCCGGGGGACUCCAUGCGGGGGCCAUGGACAGAGCGGCGCUCCUGGGACUGGCCCGUCUGUGCGCGCUGUGGGCAGCCCUGCUCGCGCUGUUCCCCUGCGGAGCCCAGGGAAACUGGAUGUGGCUGGGCAUUGCCUCCUUCGGGGUGCCGGAGAAGCUGGGCUGCGCCAACUUGCCGCUGAACAGCCGCCAGAAGGAGCUGUGCAAGAGGAAACCGUACCUGCUGCCCAGCAUCCGAGAGGGCGCCCGGCUGGGCAUUCAGGAGUGCAGGAACCAGUUCCGACACGAGAGAUGGAACUGCAUGGUCGCCACCGCCACCGCCGCAGGCCCCCUCGGCGCCGGUCCCCUCUUCGGCUACGAGCUGAGCAGCGGCACCAAGGAGACAGCAUUUAUUUAUGCUGUGAUGGCUGCAGGCCUGGUGCAUUCUGUGACCAGAUCAUGCAGUGCAGGCAACAUGACAGAGUGUUCCUGUGACACCACCUUGCAGAAUGGUGGCUCAGCAAGUGGAGGCUGGCAUUGGGGGGGCUGCUCUGAUGAUGUCCAGUAUGGGAUGUGGUUCAGCAGAAAGUUCCUAGAUUUUCCCAUCAGAAAUACCACUGGAAAAGAAAGCCAAGUACUGCUAGCAAUGAAUCUACAUAACAAUGAAGCUGGAAGGCAGGCCGUCGCCAAGUUGAUGUCAGUAGAUUGCCGCUGCCACGGGGUUUCUGGCUCCUGUGCUGUGAAAACAUGCUGGAAAACCAUGUCUUCUUUUGAAAAGAUUGGCCAUUUGUUGAAGGAUAAAUAUGAAAACAGUGUCCAGAUAUCAGACAAAAUAAAGAGGAAAAUGCGCCGGAGAGAAAAAGAUCAGAGGAAAAUACCCAUCCACAAGGAUGAUCUGCUUUAUGUUAAUAAGUCUCCCAACUAUUGUGUAGAGGAUAAAAAACUGGGGAUCCCAGGGACGCAAGGCAGAGAAUGCAACCGUACAUCAGAGGGCGCAGAUGGCUGUAAUCUCCUCUGCUGCGGCCGAGGCUACAACACACACGUGGUCAGGCACGUGGAGAGGUGUGAGUGCAAGUUUAUCUGGUGCUGCUACGUCCGUUGCAGGAGGUGUGAAAGCAUGACCGAUGUCCACACUUGCAAGUAACCACUCCAUCCAGUCUUGGGCAAGAUUCCUCAGCAGCAUACACCAGCAUUGCAACCCAGAGCGUCUCCUUCCUUGUGCACGGCUGGUAAAGUUGACUCUUUCAUUGGAAACCCCAGAUCCUUGGACCUCUCUGAAGGUGUCCUUUACCUGAUCAACACAUCGAUCAUGUGGCUUUCUUGGGAUUCUAGAGUUGAAAAGGUUUGUAUUCAUCUUUUGGUAGUUUGGGGAAUGUAUAUUGACAUACAAAGAAUAUCGAACAGAUAAUCUAUUUCUGAAGCAAGAAAGAACAGGAAAGAGGCCUCAUGCCAAGAUAAAUGGACCGUUCUCAGGAUAAGAUCCUGGAAUAUGGAACUCAGUUACGGAACUCAGUAAUGGAGGGUGAACAUUAGUCAUUUUAAAAAGACAUUUUUUAAUAGCAAAGAGCAGUAAACAUGAAUUUCAUUUAUUCUUUCAGUACUUUAAUUGAAGAAAUCAUACUAAGUGUGUGUACACAGAAGAUGUUGAAAAGUUAAUGUAAGCAGUAGGUGCUUACUCACCCUUUCAUGCACUUCAAAAGGACCGCAAUUAAAAAAUAUUCACAAGUGAUACAAUAUCCCUAAAAGUGUUUGUUAGAGAUGUUUAGUGACAAACAGAAAGAAUCAAAAUGUAAAAAGUAAAAUGUAUGAUUUGGAAUUCAAGUGCCUUUUAACCAAGAGAAUCCAGAAAAAUCUCCAUAAGGUAUAUAGCAAUCUUUGAGUUUUGGGUUCAUACUUUUAUCAUAAACCAAUUUCCACUUAUGUUAAAAACCCAGCUCUGGGAUACUGAGGGAGGGAGGGAUCCUGAAAACAUGGGAAAAGUAGAGGUAAAAAUAUAAAGGGCUCUUAUGCAUUGUAAAGAAAAGUACCCUUUAAAUGUAUAAAAGUAUUUUGUAUAGUAUUUUGUUUAAAAAGUUUAUAUUUUGUAAAUACAGUAUUUAAGUUAUAUAACAUAUAUUAAAACUUAAGACAUUUAUUGCCAAAGCCCAAGAGCUAAGAAAUAAGAUUAGCUUCUGUUUCUUUUCACACUAUUAACUCUGACUUUUUUUUAUCAUUGAAAAGAAGUUAACUGAGCAGUUAGUUAUAUGGAUGUGUAUUUCUGGCUAUAAUGACAAUUUUAUGUUAUAGAUUAAAAUAUGUUACAAAAUAUGGAGAAUUGUAUUAUUUCAGCAGUCAGAUUAAUUGAAUUCUCUUUUCACAUUAGUUAUGCUUAACUCAUAAGGUUAUUAUAAUAAAUUAUAUAAGUCUUAACUGGAAAAAAUCUAAAUCAGAAUAAUGAUCAACUUGUGAAUUUGUUGCCCUGAAUAUUUAUUAUAUUGUACGUAAUGCUGCAUUUCUAUUUGAAUGUUGAAUGGUGUUUCUUAUUUUAAUAUUCAUGCAUGUAUAUUCAUCAUAUUUUACAAGAUUCCUGGUAAAAUAACAGGGCUCUAUUUAAAGUUAUAUUUUAAUGUAAAUCCUUAUGUUUUUUAUGAAUUGUCAAAUAUUUCAGUAUUAUAUAGAAAAAAAUUGAUUUUCUAAGUUCAGAAUGGACAAAAAGAGAAUAUUCAUUUUCUUAUUAAGAUAAAGAAAUGUUUCCCUGCCCCCAGGUCUCAUUCUAUUUUCUUUUAAUUUUAGUUACCAAGGCAGAGCAAUAAUUUGGGGAAAAAAGUAAAUCCAUAGAAAAUGUCUCAGGUCUAAUAUUAAAAUCAAGACUAAACAUUUAACUGUGA